GGUGAGUGAAUGAAUGAGUGUGUUUUGCGUCUUCACAACUCACCUGGCUGGGUUCGAUUCCAGCAUCUCUCUCUCUCUCGCUGUCUCUCUCCGCGCUCCCCCAUUCCUCAGCUCCCCCUGUUUCGCACCCUCCUCCCUCCCCCACUCUCUUGUUUUUCCUGUUUCGCACUGGGGUGUGGCAUCAUGGCGCAUGCAGCUUUUGGCCUCCUCCACUGUGCCGGUUUUCCCUUUCGGCACCGCUUGUUAUCCAUAGUUUUGUUUCAGCUGGGGAGUAUCGAUGCCGCACGCGGAAUUCAAUGCGACUCUGGGGAUUGUCGCAAGUGCUGAGCAGCCUUCAACAACAACAGAGGCCUUCCUCACUUACUUUUAGCGCAGCUAGGUUUCCAAGAAAAUUGUGACAAUUCGCAGCUGUUGGCGGUUGAAAAUACAAAAAAGCGUUGGAGGGUACCAGGAAAACACUCUAGAAGGCUCACCAGAGUUGGUACAAGGUGAGCAAAGUGGAGUAAUGAGAGGACCAGAGAAGUCAUCAUGGGAAGAUCGAGAGGCGUUGAUGGAUGUCGCAGUGCCGGUGUAUGAGAAGGGGAGGGACGAUGAGAAGCCUCCAAUUCAUCCUGUCCGACUGCAAUCUUUCUUUGUGGCUGCUGUUCUCACGGUCUUUACGAGUUCCCUGGGUAUCCUAACAACGCUGUCACAAACUGGUGGAGGCUACAAAUACGACUACGCAACCAUUCCUUUCUUGGCUGAAGUUCUAAAGUUCAUCAUUUGUGGCUAUCUUUUAUGGAAGGAAAGCAAAACAUCGAAGGCUGCAAAAGUUACAACAAGCUGGAGCAGCAUAUUUCUUUACCCAAUCCCAUCCAUUAUCUACCUUGUGCACAAUAAUGUGCACUUUCUAACUCUCACGUAUGUUGACACCUCAACUCAUCAAAUCAUGGGCAACUUGAAGAUUGUCACAACUGGGAUCUUGUUCAGGACAUUUUUGAAGAGGAAGUUGUCAAGACUGCAAUGGAUGGCGAUAGUGUUGCUGACCAUCGGUACAACAGUCAGCCAGGUGAAAGACUGUGGAGAAAUCAACUGCGGAAGCUUACUGGCUGCGCCCAUUGAAGGCUACCUCCUCGGCAUACUCUCGGCGUGCCUUUCAGCGCUCGCAGGCAUCUACACCGAAUUCCUGAUGAAGAAAAACCAGGACUCACUCUACUGGCAGAACAUGCAACUAUAUGCGUUCGGCAUAUUGUUUAACAUCGCACGCCUGACUGUGGACGACGUGAGAGGAGGCUUCUCUAAAGGUACCUGGUGGUACCGCCUAUUCGAUGGCUACAACUUCAUGACAUGGCUCGUGGUAGUCAACCUUGGCUGCACUGGUCUUUUGGUGUCAUGGAUAAUGAAGUAUGCUGACAGCAUUGUCAAGGUUUACGCUACAUCCAUGGCGAUGUUACUUACCAUGGUAGUAUCCAUUCAGCUCUUCAACUUCAAACCAACUCUACAGCUGUUCCUAGGAAUAUUGAUUUGCUGCAUGUCUCUCCAACUCUACUACACACCCGUGGAAUCGCUCAUGGGAACGCUAACCUCACCAACACUAACUCCGAAACAUUCCGAAAAAGAAGCCUAUUCAGAAACUCUGAACUCCGAGGUGCUCACCAAGAGGAAAACUUCGUCAUCUUGACGUCCAUUGGACGACAAAUCGGUACAAUGACGUAGUAGACCUACCAGGAGUCUCGAGUUUUGUAGUAUUCUUACCAGAGAUUGACCUGCAUUCUGUGGAAACAGUUUUUCAAUUAAACUCUCAAGGACACAGUCCACCUCUCGAGGUUAGAUUUAAGGGUUCAGAUAAGGGAAAAGUAUGGGGAAAAGAUGGAGUGAAGGCAAUUUAGUUUUGUGGAAGUCCAGCACGUACAGUACGUUACCUUGUGCAUGCCUCAAAAGCAAUCUCCUUCCGAGUAAUGUCAUGUGCAUUGUGUAUAUUAUUGCCGCUGCGAAGAA